AUGGGCUUGCUUUGCUGUCCUCUGCCACCCCGACGACGAAGGGUGGUGCCGUCGGCUGUUCGGGGACGCCCCGUCAGUCCCAGGUUCCCGCCUCGAGCGUCGCUCUCGCCUUCGCCUUCGCCCUCACCCCUCGCACCAUCGCCAUUUGCAUCCUCCACCGCCGACCCAUCUCCCACCGCGUCUCCCGAGCGCCGUCUUGCAGGCUCUCUGGCCUAUCGUCGACACUCACGGGCCAUUCCACCCUCCCCUCGACAUGGGAUGCGCAACACGUCCCAAUUCUCGUCUUUCGACACAGCUCCUCUCGCCCGCAGCAGCCCUGCGCUCGCUCUGCAACAACAAGAGGUCGCCCUCGUCGCGCGUGACAUCUGGGAAGAAGCGUACAACGAAGUCAAGAGCGACGAGACUCUCAAGCCCCUUGUGAAGAACUACGAGGAGCUCUACAUUACCCUCGGAACUGGCGGCUUGCUCGGCUCACGUCGGUCCUCGCGCGUCAUGAAGGAGCCAGACAACGACGACGACGAACGCAGUGGUUCUGUGUGGGAAUGCUUCACGAGGCUGGCACAGGAGCAUCUUGAGCUAGCAAGGCAGGAUGCCGCAAACCAGGGCAUUGUUUCAUCAGCUGUGCAGUUCAUACAGAAAACCAAGGAGGCUGUCGGCCUUGCCCUCGCCGCCUCACCGCCUGCAUCGCUGGCGUGGACCGGCAUUUGCACCAUCGUCUUGCCUAUCAUCGUCAACCACGCCGAGCAAAUUGCCGCCAGAGAGUCGGGCUUUGCCUACGUCAUGUCGCGCUUCACGUGGUACGGUCAGGUCCUGGACCUUCUCAAUCGCGAGUACUGGACCAGCCCGCAGAGCUUCUCGGCGCUGAGGAAUGCCAUCCACGACGAAAUCGUCGCACUUUACAAACUGCUGAUUGAGUACCACCUGCGAGCGUACUACACGUUCUGCCGUCCCCUCGCCACCAUUUCCAGAGACUUUCUCAAGCUGGAUGAUUGGAACCACAUGAUCUCAGAGAUCAAGGAGAGUGAGAAGCGGCUCGAAGAAUACAUGAGUCUCAACUACGAGCAGCAUCUCUUGGAUAAGCUUCACACCCUUUCCAAGGACGCCCUCCACAAGCAGAGGAUCGAGACAAUUCUCAAGUUCAAGUUUCCUGACGACCUUCCGUAUUCAGUCUAUCAAGCCUACCUCGACAGCAUCGACUCGCCCCAAGACGGGACCGGAGCUGGUGUGUUGACGCACCCCGACUUCAUUAACUGGGCUUCUGGCGAAUCUGGUGUCUUUAUCCUCGAAGGGAUCCCCGGGUCAGGGAAAUCCGUCCUCUCAAAGUCUCUGCUGACAGAACUGCCAAAAUGGCGCGACACAUACGUGUGUGCCUUCUUCUUCAAGGAUAACGGCAAGGGUCAGAAUGCGGCCCCGACAGCUCUUUGCAGGGUGCUGGACGAGCUUUUCAGGGAGCAGCCGGACCUGGUUGACACCAUCAGCCCAAGGAUCGACCACCUCCUCCCCGAAGAGGUGAGAUGCAACUUCGACCUGCUCUGGAACGUGCUCGAGGAGGCCACCAGGGAUUGCGAGCCUGGGAGUGUUACAGUGAUCCUUGACGGAUUCGAUGAGUGCGAGCCGGACUCCGCUACCAAGCUGUGCGCCAAGCUGAGGGAGUACUUCGCCGGCCCGAGCCCGCGACUGAAGUUCUUCCUGACGACAAGGCCUCUGGUCUCAGCGCCCGAGUUGACUGACGUUCCUAGUGUGAUUGUCUUGAAGCUGGAGGAGGACCCGCAUUGUCGGCGACACAUCAGCAAGGACAUUGAGCGCGUCGUCAUGGCUCGUUUUGACGGGUUCGCUCUCAAAUGCAUCCAAGACGCCGCUUUGAGACGGGAGCUGCUGGAGCUGGUCCGACCAAAAGAGGACAGGACGUAUCUGUACGUCAAACUGUUGUUCGAUUACCUUGAGCUGAGGAUGCGGGACGGCAUGCCGCGCGUCCCCCGCGGCUGGGUCGACAUCUUCAGGACGCUUCCGGCAACUGUGAAGGAGGCAUACGUCGGGUUCCUCAACCGCGUCCGUGAGAACCAAAGGGAGGACGUCAGAAGACUGUUUCAGAUUGUUCUGGCAGCUGCGAGGCCGCUCACUGUGCGCGAGGUGAAUAUUGCGCUCAACAUUCGAGAUCUCCCAAACGGAAGCCAACACGGAUUGGGCCUGCAAAACGAGGGCUGCUUCCGAAACUGGAUUUUGGAUGCAUGCAAGUAUUUCUUGGAUGUCUACAACGGCAGAGUUUACUUCAUCCACCAGACAGCCAAGGACUUCCUCCUCUCUGGCCCUGGAGAGAAUGGUCACAGCAAACCGGACUGGCUAGGCAACUUCACCAUGCAAACAUGCCACUGCGGCCUCGCCACAAGCUGCAUCCUGUACCUGUCCCUGCCUCUCCGGACGCGGUCGAGGUUCAUUGGGUUCGAUGCUCCGGCGGAGAGUGCAGACGACUACCAUCUCUGGGACGCAAACGAGCUUGAGUUUGCCACAUAUGCCCAGCUCUUCUGGCACAGCCAUGUGCGCGGGAUGCUCGGCUCAAGCGAGGGACCUGAGCCGACAACGCCCGACUUCAUGACUGAGCUGCGCCCCUGGAUUGCCGACUUGAAAGGGUCGCCGCUGCCUUGGUUGCCAUGCGUUCCGAUCAAUGCGACGGAUGCGGCUGAGAGACUUGCGGCAGCACUGCGUUCAUUGGCAACAUUCCAGACAAUCCGCUCGCUGGCAGAGUAUCAGUACUAUUCCCCGGUGCAGCCGGACUGGUUUUCCGCUCGCCUUUUCAAAAAGAACGGGCCGGCGGAUCACACGACCGACAAGCUCGAGCUCUUCAACGGGGAUUCAAUCCGGUACGUCGUCAGCAACCGCACAAACUGCCAUCCGGCCCACGUUCACAUGCUGAGCCUGAACGCGUCUUGGACCGUCGGCGUUCUGCUGUGGCAUGUCCACGUCCCACCACGGCAGCAAAGGACGGGUGAGCUCAGCAUGGCGCUCCCGCGCCGAGUCAAUGCUGACGACCCCACGGAAGCCAACGACACGGUACUGGUUAUCUUCUGCGUCGGUGAGCAGUGCGCCGAGCGGCUGACCACGGCCUCGGAGUGGCUCAAGAGCAUCCAUGUGCCGCCUGUCUGGUUGGACCCGGAGAAGGCGGAAAUUGAGGUACCGGUGCGGCCGUUCUUCGUCCCGCCGCCAAACUGGUUGGUGAAGCGGUUCAGCAUCCGCACGCUACCGCGGCUGCGGAGUGGAUCCGAGGAGGGAACUUGCGGCAUGCUAGAGGGCUGAUGGCUUCGCCUGCAGCGACCCACGGUCUCAGCUUCCUGCUUAGCAGCAACUUGCCGAGGCCCUUCUCGGCGGGCGGGACGGCAGGCCGGAUUCGCGACCGCUAGUCUCUGCGUGAUACCCGAGGGUGUCAAUUAAUGCGUGCGACGCCGACGUUGAGGUUAUACUGCGGAAUGCCAACGUGCCGCCACGGUAAGGACCAGCAGAGCUGGCCGCUGCUGGCUGCCAACAACUUGAUCAGCACAUUUAAAGGUCCCGAGAGGACUCAUCGCACAGCCCGCCGCCAACAGGUAUAAAUCAUCAUUUCCAAGCAAGGUUCAGUGUUACACAGCUUCUAAGUCUUGGAAGAACAUGGGCUUGGAAGGCAGGAGCAUGGAUUUGCAUACGCUGUUUCGCAUCCACUGCGUAUCUUAUUGUCGUUUUCUUAAUGGUUUAGAUCAGAUACAACAUGCAACACAAUAGUGUUCUGC